GAAAAAGUCAAAACGCAAGAUAAGUUAUUGGAAAAUGUUUAUUUACGAAUUGUAAAUAAAAAGCGAAAAGAUAAUUUUGUAUUGAUGGUCAUUUUGGACGUCAGACGGAACCAUAGAAUUACAGUGAUACCAAAGGUAUUAUGAAGUGAACACCACUAUGAAUAACAGAAAUAAGCGAGCACGACUGGAGUUAUCUUUGGCACCGGCAACUAUUGAUGCUGGGACCAUUAAUAGCUGUUCUGUGAAUGCAACUGAUAUAGCGUCCAGCAUUGGUGGUACGCCAAAUAUCUUUUUGGGCAAUUCUUCGAACGCAAGUGUCAAUAGUACUAGUUCGGUUAGUAUGUUACCCACAAACGUAUUUCUUACAAUCUGUGAUGAAAACUCCGAUGAAUCGCAGGAAUAUCUGGCCAUUGGCAGCACUCUGACACCGAUUAAACAAGAACAUACUGACACUUUAUGCAGCAGUAGCACACAGGCCACACAAACCUUGCCAUUGCAAUAUCGCCUUGUCAAUCAAAUACAACGUCAACCACACAAUAUCGAUAAUAUUAACAACAGCAACAUCAUUAAUAAUAGUGCAACUACUACUUUUAAUGCUGCGCUGCCAAUGCAUCUACCAAACGGUUGCGAAAUUUAUAUAGUCAAGGAGUAUUUAGACAAUGUGCCGACCAUUCUUCCAGAUGAAAGUGAGUUAUUGCAAGGACCGACAAGUCCGCCAACGACCGACACAACAGAAACAAUUAAAUUAGAGCCGGACUCUUGUGUGACGUCCACAGCAUGUGCUAGUACUGCUACUUCCACAACCACCAUCAAUGACGUGCACCUUACAAGCGCUAAUAAUUCGGCCAAUGUCACUACCGAUGGGCGGACAAAUGCAAAUAGAAAUACCACAGCGAUAUCAAGCAUUAGCGUUCCAGAUACACAGGGCAAUAGUACAAAGCGCAGUUGCAUAUUAGAGGCGUAUAAAAAGCGCGAUGAUAAGCGACGUGCAACUCAUAACGAAGUAGAACGACGGCGACGCGAUAAAAUAAACAAUUGGAUUUUUAAACUGAAAGAAAUGCUGCCGACCGAUGGCGUUAACAAUAAUAAUAACAAUAAUCAACAAAUUGGAAUGGUGGAACAGUUGACAGCAAAAACCAAUACCAACACUAAUCCUAGCAAUAACAACAGCAACAGCAGCAAUCGAACGCCGCCCAAUGAUUCCAAGUCACAAAUACUAAUCAAAGCUUGCGAGUAUAUCAAAACCAUGCAGGACGAGAUAAAGAGUCUGCGUGAGUGCCUUAGCGAGAAUGAGAACCUUCGUCUGAGUAAUCAGCGUUUACAAAAUGAAUUAACGAAAUUGCAGCGCGACCAUGUAGCGAACGAAAGGGCUAAUCUGCACACGCGCAAUUUCAAUAACAAUUUCAAUAUAACCUUAAACAGUUUAAAUAGCAAUAAUAGCAAUUGUAGCGGUGGUGGUGGCAGCGCCAGCAGUAGCCCUGGUGGCACUGGCAACAGCAUUUUCGCCGCCCUCAAUAUACCAACACACACAAGCAACACGAAUACGUUCACUAAACGCGAGUUAAUCAUACGAGACUAUGUCGAUUAGAAUUUUAGUCAUUUGUUAUUUUUUUUUUUUACUUAAAUAACUGUAUCGAAGUGAUGCUACAAAUGUACAACUGUCAGGCCAAAACUUCUGCAGUGCUAAACGAGUUUUUAUAUACAUUUGUGUAUACAAAUUUAUUAAUUACUUUACUGACACACCACUCACUACAUAUUUCUCCGUACGAGUUUAAAAAUUUUACUAUUUCACUAUUAUUGUUAACAAAGUUUACUGUUUGUAAUAAUAUAACUAAAAUUAUAAAAACAAAUUACAUACUCACACAACUAUCGACUUGAAAUGCGUAAUAGAAUUUAAAGCUCUAGUUACUAUGUGCUUCUCUAAUACAUAUUAUAUGCGCUUCCUCUAAUUAGUGCAAAAAUCUGCGUUACUGACGCUUUCGUUUACUCUAACUCUAAAACUCUCACAGAUAUAUAAUAUAUAUGCUAAAGUUAGGCGUAUAAAAUCACUUGUUGCAUAAAUUUAAGGAAAAAUUAAAAUGUUAUAAGCAAAAUAUACAUGCAUACAUAUGUAUAAAUGUUUGUGAUGAAUUAUGCAAAGCAUAAAUUUUUUUUUUUAAUUUUGUUAUAUAAGUUGAAUGUGCAAUUUAUGGAAUUUAAAACGAUUUA